CAUCUAAAGUAAGAACUCGUAGCCACCGCUUUUCUCCUGAUCUGACUGGAAGGCUUUAGAGAACCCUUCAAAAGGGGGAGAGAAGCAGGCCAAGAGAAUAACAAAAGGAGACAGGCAGAAACGAACAGGAAUUGCCAGUGACAAAGAGGGAAUGAGAGAAAGCAAGAACCUAAAGGGCGAAGAAGAAGGAUAGACCCAGAGGUGGACAGAAGGAGGCAGAGUGGGAAGAAGAGAUUGGAUUCGACACACAACAAGGAAUCUGCUCCUUCUGAUGGUCAUUGGACUUAGUGAGGAUGAACUGAAACCAGGAAGGACAAGAAGACAUUGAGCUGCUUGAGACACCAAGAGGCCACAGAACCACUCUACAGGGAUGCGUUGCCCAGUCAUGAUCUGCUUUGCUUUAGGGUGUUUCUUAUGGUUCUCCCAAGUGAGAGGCGAGGAAGGCUGUCUUAACACCGAACUCUGUUCAGGUACGGAGUGGAACCGUUUGUGGUAUAUCUGGCUGGUGGUGGUGAUUGGUGGGCUGUUGCUCCUGUGUGGCCUAGUUUCUGUCUGUGUGAGAUGCUGUUUUCAUUGCCGUCAGACAGGGGAGGAAUCGGGUCCUCAGCCCUACGAGGUCACCGUCAUUGCUUUUGAUCAUGACAGCACCCUCCAGAGCACCAUCACCUCUCUCCAUUCUGUGUUUGGACCCGCUGCCAGGAGGAUAUUGGCGGUGGCACGCUCUCAUGCUGCUGCGCAGGGAACGCCACCCCUCUCGGCAUCCGACACCCCUCCAGUCUAUGAAGAAGCCCUGCACAUGAGCAGGUUCACAGUUGCCAAGACAGGACAGAAAGUGCCAGACCUGGAUCCAGUGCCGGAGGAAAAACUGCAGGCACCUGCUGAGGGCAAGGAUGCCCAGCCAGCCCUCCCAGGACACUAGUGGCUGUUUUCACUGAAGGGCAAAUAAUACAGGAUAGUUACGUGCAGAGACUAAUGCUUCUGAACAGAGUUAGGAGUAUCAGAUCAACCUCCUCAGUCUAAUGAGAAAGGGAAGAAAAAGAGACUAAAAUAGUUUUUAGGUCCAGCAUAUUUUCAUGGCUCCUUUCGGCACCUCCUUGAGAUAAUCAACAGUUGGCCUUCCCCGUGUCCUUUUAUUACACACAUCACCCUUUGCACAGACAAGCAGGGAGCAGCAUCAGGGUGCUGAGUCACUUUGCAGGCUGGUGACCUGCAGGGAGGUUGCAGAUCCUCUCUCAUGCUGCUUGCCUCCAGCCUAAGUUCCCUGGGUAUGGCAGAGGGGUUUUCACAA